UGCUAGUGCAGGGAGUUCUGCUGUAGCAGUAGGAAGAGCACACUGCCCCCUCCCCCCAGGACACUGGUGACUCAGGGACCAGCUGGGUUCAUGGGGAAACAGGAUGUGGGGUGGGAGUGCCAGGAGGGGCUCCAGAACCCCAGCAUCCCCAGCCUGAACUGAGGCUGGAUGCUGAGAGGAGAAAUCACCUCUGGCCUGCUGCUGCCCGAUGUGGGCCAGCCAGACCUGAGGGACUCGAUUGGACCAGAGCCAAACCCACCCAGAAGGGCUCCUCCCAGGCCUGGCCCACAGGUAGGAGCAGGCAGGCCUGGAGCCCCGCCCCCAGGACAGGGCGGGGACUGGCAGCCAGGACAGAGACCCAAACCCGUCGCCCUGCUUGGCCCCUGCUGGUUGCUGCCACUCAUGGGGAACAGCCAGUGUGUCCCUCAGGCCCCCAGGAGGCUCCGGGCGUCCUUCUCCAGGAAGUCGUCACUGAAGGGCAGCAGGGAGGACAGUGCGAGGAGGCUGGCUGGACCCAGCAGGGACUCCGCUGCAGACAAGCUCUUCCACUACGUCCCUGGACCGGACAUCCCUGGCCUACAGAAUCAAGACACAAACCUGGAGCAGCCAUUCCUGAGCAUUUACAAGAGGGCCCGGCGCAGGGUGCCUGUGAAGGAGCUGGGCAAGGUCAUACACUACGCCAAAGUCCGACUGCGCUUCCUGCACAGCCAGGACGUCAGUGACUGCUUCCUAGAGCUGUUUCCAUCCCACCUGUACUUCCAGGCCCACGGUGCUGAAGGGCUUACAUUCCAGGGGCUGCUACCACUGGCCGAGCUGAGCGUCUGCCGGCUGGAGGGGUCACGAGAGUAUGCAUUCCAGAUCACAGGUGUGUGGGCCCUGGGAGGCCUCCCUGAGCCAUCGCCAGGGUCCAGCAGAGCCUCACAGAGGGGCCAGCCCCACACUGUGCCUACUCCGUCCCCACAGACCCCUGCCCACCCCCUCCUGGUGCUCUGCCCCCUUCCCACAGGCCCUUUGCCUGCACCCCUGCUGGUGCUCUGCCCAAGUGAGGCAGAGCUGGGCCACUGGCUCUACCACCUGGAGAAGCAGAUGGCCCUAGUAGGGGGGCUGCGACGCUGCCACUCGGCGCCUCCACAGGCGCCCCCCAGGGACGAGCUCCCCUGGACGCUGCAUCGCCAUCUGGCCCAACUGUGGACAGCACCAGGGCGCGAGUCGGCAGGCAACCCCAUCUGUGCCUCCCGGGUAAAGCUGCAGCAUCUGCCCUCACAGGAGCAGUGGGACCGACUCCUGGUGCUGUACUCAGCUUCCCUGGCCAUCUUCUCGGAGGAACCCGAUGGGCUUUGCUUUAAGGGGGAACUCCCUCUCAGCGCCAUCCACAUCAACCUGGAGGAAAAGGAGAAACAGAUCCGCUCCUUCCUGAUUGAAGGCCCCCUCAUCAACACCAUCCGGGUGCUGUGUGCCAGCUAUGAGGACUACAGCCACUGGUUACUCUGUCUGCGUACAGCCUCUCGCAGAGAUGGGGCCCCCAUGCUACCAGGCCCUGAGAGCUGCCUAGUGCCUGCACAGAACCAGGACCAUCCUGACUAUGGCAGCCUGGACCGGCAGAGAGCAGAGCUGAGACGCCGAGAUAGUGGCCGUUUACCCAGAGCACAGACCUGGGCACAGCGACCCGGCCCAGCCGUACCACCACCCCUGCACCUGGACCUGACCAAGGUGAGCUGCCUGGGCCUGGAGGGCAGCCCAGAGGCCCCUGACAGCUCCUUGGAGCCACCCCAGUCCCCACUCUACGCCGACCCCUACACACCGCCUGCCACCUCCCACUGCAAGAUCACCAAUGUCCAGGGCCUGAACGAGUUCCUCAGUGCCAUGCAGAGCUCGCCUGGACCAGAGCCCACCAGCCCCCUCCCCACCAUGCCUGUGUCUAUACCUGUCUGCACCCCUGCUUCUGGAACCACCGGCCCCCAUGUGGGUGCACACAAGGCCGCCCCUCAGCCCAGAGCUCCUCAGAGGCCCCGAGGUUCCACCAAAGGUCGGAGGCCUCGGCCGUCAGCAUCGCCUCAGCUGGUGUCAUCUUCCAGGGAAGGCCCACCCAGCCCCCCACUGCCUCCCCCAGAUGGCUGCUUCCCUGGGGGGCACAAGGGCCCCAGCUAUGAAGAUGUCUGGGACAAGACUCCGCCUGCCUCUCACCGGAAGUGGCCCCAGCAGCUGGCCCAGCCUGAAGCAGAGGGCAGCCUCCCCCAGUGGAUCUGAGGCCCCUGGCACCUCAAGGGGCAGUCUGCAGCCUUGACUCUGAAGUUAGAAACUGGCCCUGGCAGGGUGGGGGUCUCCAGACCCUGAGUUGGUCUCUGCUCAGCCCUAGCAGCCUCUUGGGACUGGGAGAAGGCCCGUCUUCCUGAGGGAUGUGUGGUGAUCAGAACUCAAGGAUAGCAGGGAGGCCCUCUUGGCCCUGCCCCAGUGUGCCCAGGGGAAGGCCAGGGGCUAAACUGGGGCUGCAGCUGGGCUAGGGGUUGCAGCAUGGGAUGGAGGAGGCUACAGAAAGUCAGAUAAAAGCUUGGCGGGGCCAGGCCAUGUGAGGUGC